AAUCGCCAGGCUCGUAUUGACAACCCUCAUUUUCUGGCGUCGAUAACUCAAGAAACGGCCGGACCCCCUUUUCUCUUCUCCCUUACCUUCACUGGUACAGGCUUUCGAUAACUUCUUCGAAAUUGCUCCUCGAAACGAAAACAUCACACCACCCGAUCUCCGACCAUGGCCUCCCAACAACAAGCACAAAAUGUGAUGCGAAGGAAACUGGUAAUUAUUGGUGACGGCGCGUGUGGAAAGACCUCGCUGCUGAGUGUUUUCACACUGGGAUACUUCCCAACCCAUUAUGUCCCAACCGUCUUCGAGAACUACGUCACAGAUUGUAGGGUGGAUGGGAAAAGCGUGCAAUUGGCGUUAUGGGAUACGGCAGGACAAGAAGAUUAUGAAAGAUUACGACCCUUGGCAUAUUCAAAAGCACACGUGAUUCUGGUAGGAUUCUCAAUUGACACGCCGGACUCUCUGGACAACGUCAAGCAAAAAUGGGUGGAAGAAGCAAACGAGAAAUCCCCGGGCGUACCCAUCAUACUGGUCGGUCUGAAGAAGGAUCUCCGAGAGGACCCAGUAGCCAUUGAAGAGAUGAGGAAGAAAUCACAACAUUUCGUUUCCACCCGAGAAGCCACAGAAAUCGGUCACGAAAUCGGAGCACGAAAAUACCUCGAAUGUUCUUCACUGACAGGAGAAGGCGUGGAUGAUGUUUUCGAAGCCGCAACAAGAGCUGCUCUGCUCACAUUCGAGAAAGGAGAGGGAGGGGGAUGCUGUGUCAUACUAUAGCGGGAGUUGGAGUUUGCAGAUUUCAGCCAGGUCGUACGGAGAAACAGCACAACAUUUUGGCCGGGAAGGCACAAUUCGAACAAUACAACUUCUAAUCGAACGCACACGGCUUCUUUUCAACCUCAACGGCCUUCUUCCUGCUCAUCAAAAGUUUCAAAGCCCUUCGAUUUACUGUGCCAUAUUCGGUUCUGGUUUGGAGGAAGGGAAGGGGAGGGGAAGAAAAAGACGACAGAUAGAGACAUUAACGACUGUUUACGAACCGAGGUCGAAAACAUCACACUCCUUUUGAUAAGUUGAUUGGGCUGUUUUCUUCAACUACAUACCCAGCGUUGCGAACGGGUGCAAUGGAUGAAUGGAAUGGG